AUGCGGCGGCAGUGGUGAGUGGAAGUUGGUGCGGUGUCGUGUUGUGCCCCCGCGUGAUGGUGGACUUUAAUUGAGUCUAGGAAAACGGCCCAAAGAAUCACUUGAAGUUUGAUACAACACAUUCUCAGGAAAUACUUCACCCACAGGAUAGCACUUGAGGUGGUGACAUCAGAGUGACGAAGAAUGCUUGUUGAGAACUCCGGUAGCGGUGGCGGCGGCGGGGGCGGCGGUGGAGGAGGCGGCGGAGGGGGUGGUGGCGGAGGAGGCGAAAGUAAAGGAACCAGUGGUGUGAACGGCAUGAGCGGCUUGAAUGGCGUGAAUGGCAACAGUAAAGGAGGCAGCGGGGCGGUGAAGAGCAGCAGCGGCAAGACAGCCCUGGGAAUAAGCAAGGGCGGCGUUAGCAAGUCUCCUUUGGCGGCAGCAGCGGCAGCCAUCACCCCGCCGCCCAUUACGCCCGCCAAGAGCUCCAUCGAGAACCAGUUGCUGUACACGCCGCCACACGUGCUCAUCCGCUCCAUCUCGUCUCUGUCCCAGCACUCCCUCAGACCCGUCACGCCUGAGAGCGAUCAGUACUAUCACCGCCAGGAGGAUGGGCUGGUGUCGGUGCCGGCGCUGCGCAAGGGCGUGCUGCUACAGGCUCGGGACCGCCUCUUCUCGCGGUGGAAAGAGCGUUACUUCGUGUUGACUCGGGAUUAUCUGGCUUGCUUUCGCCGCGGCUCCACCAAGUACUCCGAGAUGGGCUCCUUCAUAUUCAAGGUGAACCUGGCGUGUGUGGAGUGCGUGGAAUGGCAAGACCGCCGCGGCGGCCCCGCCCUGGCCCUCUCCCUGCCCCGGGAAGGUCGCGUGUUGUUGCGGGCCAAGUCAGGGCUGGACCAGUGGUACAGACUGCUACUGGAGGCUACCAAUGCUUCCCGCCACAGACGCAGUGCCCUUCGUCGCGGCACCUCUACCACACAUCUCAACCACACCAACAACAACCUGGACACUACACCGCCGCCUAAGUCAAGUGGUAUCCAGUACAGUCUGAGUGGUUCCACACCUGAGAUCACGCGUCUUUGUGACACCGUGUGUGAAGACUCUCCUGGCGGCACCAACUCCCGCCUCACCAGGCACCACAGGUUCUCAUUGCUGGCUGAUCCAGAUCUUGGCUCCUGUGGUGAGACGGAUGUGGCCACGCCUCCUUCCUCCGUCACCUCCUCCAACAAGUUCAGCACAUCCACUUCAGCUUCCAAUACCUCAGGCUCUGGAGGCUCUUCUUCUUUGGCCUCCUCUCCAUCCCUGCGGGGCUCCUGUGCCUGGCCUCGACCUUCUUCCCCCGUGCGACCUCUCCUCGGUGAUGCCCCACGCUCCAGACUCUCCCUGUAUGAGGGUACCCGAGAAAUGCCAACAUCCGCCAAAACUCGGCACUCUGUGUGCCUGGAGUCUCAGGAUCAGUCAGAGACUACUAGGAAACAGAAGAACAGGCACUCCAUCUGCAUUGAACCUCGAGACCUUGCCAGGACCAGAGCCUCUCUGUGCAUGGAGCCUCGCAAUCCCCUACUGGAGCUGAUGGAGAGUGUGGAGGCCAUUCCUUCACUCAUUCCCCAUGACUCGGUGCCAUUGUCCUCCUCCAGAACAUCUCCAUCCAAGAGUGAAGGUGAUCGGUCUUGCCAUGAAGUGCCAGUCACACUGUGUGAGGUAGACUCCAGUCCUUGUCCAGGUGUCGCUCCACCAAGGCCCCGUGCCCACUCCACCUCCCUCACACCGGAGCGCUCCUUGGGGCCACGUUCUAGGUCUAACUUGGGUUUCUUUAGACACUCGGGUCUCUUUAACAAUCAUUGAAAACAUGGCAAUCUAUUGCUAUAAUUAAGUAUUGUUUCCACAUUAUAUUUACUCAGCAACUGCCUAUGACGCCCUCCUGACUCCCUGACCUGGCCUGCAGAUGAAGCUACCUACCUCCAUACCUGGCAACUAUUUAGUGAGGCUCCCCAGCAGACAGCCCUGUGAAGCUUACUGGGCAAGGAGGCUUGCUGGGCAGGGAGGCUUGCUGGCCAGGGAGGCUUUGCUGGCCAGUGUUUGCACUAGGAAAGUAACAGGAGUGAGGUUUCUUCUUAAUUAAGACUGAUUAAUUAAGAGUGAUUGUCUUAUCAGCUAGAAUUUUUGAAUGAUAUCAAAGAUUGGUCAUUGAGAUAAUGUGGAUCGCAAUCAAUCAAGAGCCAUCCACCACAACUUUUAUACUUAACACAAUGCCCCUCUAGAGAACCUUCCUCUUUCUCCUAGCCGAACUGAUUUGGAACAUGUGCACAUGCUGAAAGGCUUCUGAGAAAACAGAAUGUAGUGUAUGUUGCAGUCUAGUAACUAGAAAGCUUUUCAUUGACUCUGGAGGCUGUGGUUUGCAGUGCCCCAUGCUUGAUCCUCAAGGCAGAAUGGUUCUCUUUCUUUACCGUCUGUGUAUGUGGAGAAUAUACCAAGAGGUACUGUACCUUGGUAUCCUUCAUUGAUCAAACAUGGCUUUUGUCAUGUCAGUCAGAUGCUUGUCUGUUAUAAUAUUUAUUGUAAGUGUUUUGAAACAUAGGAAUAUUAUGUUCUUGAAGAAAACAACGGGUGACUUGGGAUCACCACUUCUUCCCAUUGUUGCAGCCCAAAGGAUUGUGGCCGCCUCAUUUCCUCAGUGCCCUGCCAGCUUGCCUGGUCUGUACGGAAUCAGUGGAGGUAUGUAGCACUUGGCUUGGGACAUGUAUAAAAACAUCAUUCUCCAUCCAUCUAAGGAGCAAGGUGUGGUAUUUUCCUGACAACCCAGAGGUAGAUGGGGCAAUAAAGUACUGCUGUCAACAUCUAGUAGCCACUUUGACAUGGAGGUACCAUAUACUUCAUCAAUUUACCCCCCCAAAAAAAAUUUCCACCUCCACAAGCCAAGUAAAGCAUACCUACUAUACUUCUUGAUUACUUUUGAGUGUCCCCUUAGAUUAGUGGUUGAGACUGUGUAGAAGCCAUUACACAGUGAGAAGCUAAGGUGUAUGUGUGAACCCUUAAUCCAGUGUUAGGAGUAGUCCUGGAAGAUGCUAAGAAUUGUGAAGAUUUAUCCAUAAUUUGAUGUAUAUAGAAGAUUUGCAUACUGAGUCUAGACUGGUUGCAUAGGUGAUAUGUAUUUGUAACUGUAUACACUUCAUUGUUUUUACUGAAGAAACUGCUUGAACUAAUGAUGAAAGUUAUGUAUGAUGUCAUAAGUAACAUUUGCCUUACAUUACUAGUCAUGGAGAGGAUGAGAGUGAGUGAGUGAGUGAGGUGUUCUGUGUGGAGGCAGCAAUGGCUUCUUCCCGUAACUAGCAUGUUAUGAGCUUUCAGCAGCUGAUACUUGUUUAUUUGUAUCUGAAAUAUUUAGAACACUAACUAUAUUUCAAUUGCAUUGUAUGUAUAGUUUUUUUUUUUUUACUUUCCUUGUUUCCCAUUUCAGUUGUCUUAUCAAAAGUAAAUAAUAUAUAACUAAAAACAAGACAUUUGCAAUAGAAUAGUGACUGAAAAAAUUAUGUGGUGAAAGUGAAGGUUGUCAAGAAUGGAUUUACUGUGACAAAACUUGAAUCACUAAGUAGUAUUAGUUGACUAAAACAUGGAGGGAAAAAAGUUCCCUUCAAUGCAACAUCUUAACUGACACAGGAUAGUAGUAUAUUGCCUACUAUUUCUGGAGUGUCUUGAAAUGUAAGCUUAUUAAUUACAUUGUUAUCACUUCCAGUGUCUUGAAAUGUAAACUUAGCAAUACAUUACAAUUUCUGGAGCAUCUUGCUGUGUGAAAUUUCAAAUGUAAUAAUAUUAUAAUAGAUGUAUGGAUGACUAAGUCAAUCUAGAACAAGUGAAUUACAGUUUUGACCUCCAGAAAAUGCAGGAGAUACUUUGAUCUUUGACCCCUUGUGACAGUCCAGCUGUCCCUGUCCUGUGCAAGACAGGGAGCCGCCACCACCCUAGGACUGACCACACACCUCCCAAACCAAAACACUUCCUCAGGUACAAGUCAUGUGUUAUGGCAGAGAAUAGCUUUGGAAAAACUGUCAGCAAUAAACAGUCCACUUGGCAACA